AUGCCUCGAUUUUCCCAUGUAGAAACGAUCCUAGGAUCAACAACUUAUGAAAAGAUUAGCAACUGUCGUGUCUUAAUGGUUGGCGCGGGUGGGAUAGGUUGUGAACUUUUAAAGAACCUGGUCAUGUCAGGUUUCAAACAAAUUGAGCUGGUCGACCUGGAUAUAAUAGAUCUAUCUAACUUAAAUAGGCAGUUCCUGUUUCAAAAACAACACAUAAAAAAAUCAAAGGCGCAGGUGGCCCGUGAAUCUGCCUUAAAAUUUAAUCCAAAUGUCAACAUCAUUGCACAUCGCGCAAAUAUUAAGGAUCUCCAAUUCAACGUGGAAUGGUUUAAAAGCUUCGAUAUUGUAAUGAACGCUCUGGAUAAUCUUGAUGCGAGGCGUCAUGUGAAUAUGAUGUGCUUGGCCGCAGAUGUUCCACUUGUCGAAUCGGGAUCUGAAGGGUACCUUGGGCAAGUGACCGUUAUUAAAAAAGGAAAAUCCGAAUGUUACGAAUGUCAACCAAAACCCACACAGAAAACAUAUCCAGUUUGUACGAUUCGCAGCACUCCAAGUAUCCCUAUUCACUGUAUUGUUUGGGCAAAGAAUUAUCUUUUCGGUCAAUUAUUUGGAAUACCCGAAGAUGACGAAGGACUGGGCCAGGAAGUUACAGAAGAAAAUGCCGAAGAAAUUGCGAAUCUCAAAAGGGAAACACUGGAGCUCAAAAACAUAAGAGAAGCAAUGGGCUCUCAAGACUAUACUAAAAUAGUUUUUCAGAAAGUAUUUAAAGAAGAUAUUGAUCGAUUGCUAAUGAUGGAAGACAUGUGGAAAACGCGGAAGCCACCGGUGCCUCUUAUCUAUGAUGAUAUAGAGAAACUCAGAGACGAGACGGAAUCUCAAUCGAGUACCGCCGAGGAUAAUCAUACAUUAAAGGAUCAAAGAUCAUGGAAUCUUGCCGAGAAUUUUACCGUCUUUUUGGAUAGUGUUCGAAGAUUGAGUACGCGAUUAUUAAACGAAAAGAAAACAAAUCCAAACGCUUCACUUAUAUUUGACAAAGAUGAUGCUGAUGCCUUAGACUUUGUGACUGCGACAUCGAACUUACGUGCGAGAGUUUUUGGAAUCGAGGAAAAAACAAAGUUCCAAGUAAAAGCAAUGGCCGGAAAUAUCAUCCCGGCAAUUGCGACAACCAAUGCUAUUGUUGCGGGAUUGAUUGUGAUGCAAGCCUUUAAAGUUUUAAAUGAAAAGAUAAACGAAUGCAAAACUGUAUAUUGUGCACCCGAAAGGCGACCGUCGCCCAUUCUAUCGGAAUCUCUGAUGAAACCUAAUCCUGAUUGUCCUAUAUGCCAAAAUACACAUGUUACUUUGAAGGUAAACACGAAAAAAGUCACUUUACGUGAAUUCAUCGAGAAAGUUGUGCAAAGUCAAGACGAAGGAGGAAUGGAUAUAUGUGAGGCAUCAGUGGAAGAAGGCGGAAGGAUCAUUUAUGACGUUGACUACGUCGAUAAUCUUGAUGCUACAUUUGAACAAUUGAAAAUUACGGAUGGAAAAAUGAUGAAAGUUACACCCGAUGAUGAUGGAAUGAAAUGCCCUGCGAUCUUUGCAAUUUCUCACAAAGAAACAUUUGAAAGACCAGGCACGUGGUUUUAUGUUGACGGUAAUCCGAGGAAGCUUAUCAAACACAAACAUGUUGAAGAAAACUUCACCUCUAAUUCAUCUCAGCCAUCCAAGAGAAAACGUGAUGAUUUAGAAAUCGACUCUCAGGAGACUUCACAACCACCCAAACGACUUGCUAUUAAUGAAAAGGUCGUUGUCAAGGAUGAUGAUAUCAUAAUGACAGAUGAAGGUGCACAGGAGCUGAUCGUUCUGGAUUAG